AUGGAAUUGAACCAUGUUGAUGUACUACUAGCUCAGAACAAGAUGAUUGCCAAGCAACUAGCUGACCUUACAAAGCAAAUGGAGAAGAACCAAGUUACAGCAGUCACCACACAAUCAUCAACCCAAGAAGGAGUAAACACAGAAGAAGGAGAAGCAAUAGAGCAAAUGCCGCUUUAUACUAAGUUCUUGAAGGAGUUGAUGACUAAAAAGAGAAGUUGGAGAAAUAAUGAGACCGUGGUGUUAACCGAAGAAUGUAGUGCCAUCAUUCAGCACAAGUUACCCCAAAAAUUGAAGGAUCCAGGGAGCUUCCAAAUCCCUUGUAUCAUAGGGGAGAUCAAAGUGGAGAAGGCCUUGUGCGAUCUAGGAGCCAGCUUAAAUCUGAUGUCUUCAAUAAUGAUGAAAAGAAUGAAGAUUGAGAAAGCCAAACCGACAAGGAUGGCCCUACAAUUGGCAGACCGAUCAUUCAAAUUUCCUCAGGGAAUAGUGGAGGAUUUGUUGGUAAAGGUGGGAGACUUUAUUUUUCCAGCAGACUUUGUAGUGCUAGACAUGGAGGAGGAAGCUAAGGCAUCCAUCAUUUUGGGAAGGCCAUUCUUAGCCACUGCCAGAGCCAUUAUUGACGUCCAGAAGGGUGAACUUACUCUUAGAUUGCAUGAUAAGAAUAUGAUAUUCAAUGUGUUCAAGGCCAUGAGUUACCCGCAAGACUCGUUAGGAGAGUGUAUAAGGUUGGAUUCAAUGGAAGCUAUAUUACAAGAAACUCUGGAGGAGGAAGAAAUUGAGGAGCUAACAGAAGAAGAUGAAUCAACAUUGAGCAAAGAGGUAGCAACAGUUGAGGUUCAUGACCAGGGGACACUAGAAGGAAAGAAUGAAGAGAAAGAAGCACCCAAACUUAAACUGAAGGAAUUGCCACCGACCCUCAAAUAUGCAUACCUGGGAGAAAACAGAAGCUUUCCAGUAAUCAUAAACUCAGCUCUUAGCCAAGAACAAGAGGAGGAAUUACUCCAAGUAUUGCAAAAGCAUAAGGAUGCCAUUGGGUGGACUCUGGCUGACUUGAAGGGGAUUAGUUCAGCCAUAUGCAUGCACAAGAUACUAUUGGAAGAUGAUUCUAAAGCUUCUAUUCAACCCCAAAGGAGAUUAAAUCCAGCCAUGAAAGAGGUAGUGCAGAAGGAAGUCAUGAAGCUGUGGCAAGCAGGGGUAAUCUACCCAAUCUUUGACAGCCCAUGGGCGCAUGUCAUUUGCGCCAUGCAAUGCGCCCGCAAUCUUUCAGCACUGCAUGCUUUCUAUCUUCUCAGAUAUGAAGGAAUAGUUCUUGGUCAUAAGGUUUCUAAACAAGGCAUUGAGGUGGACAGAGCUAAAGUGGAACUAAUUGAAAAACUACCUCCACCUAGUGAUGUCAAGGGAUGCAUGCUAGCAUUUGAAAAUUUGAAAAAGAAACUAUCCUCAGCCCCUAUCAUUGCCCCACCUGAUUGGAACCUGCCAUUUGAGCUGAUGUGUGACGCAUCAGACUUUGCAGUGGGAGCAAUGUUAGGGCAGAGGAAAGAUAAUUUGGUGCAUGUCAUAUACUAUGCCAGCAAGGAAUUUAAUAUUGAAAUCAGAGACAAGAAGGGAGUGGAGAACAAAGUGGCAGAUCAUCUAUCUAGAAUCCCUUGUGAGAAAAGCAGCACACACGAAGCAAGUGUAAAUGAGUUCUUUCUAGAUGAAUAA